CCGUGAUAACGUUGUGAUACGAUAACGACACUGCACGUGUUUGAGGUUAUGUUAUGUUUUGGAAAAAAGGUUUACGCGAAUCCGAAACGCAAUAAUUUCGUCGCGCUUGCCGCCGCCGCGGCCCAAUAUUCGGGAUUCGUGUCGCCGUUUCGUACUCGUCGCCCGGUUCCGUUUGAACGCCAGGUGAUGGAUUCGAAGAGCCUGAAGGACCGAUUGCUGUUUGCCGUUGUCGGGUGCACGGGCACGGGCAAGACAAAACUCGGUGUGAGGCUUGCCAAAGAGCUGGGCGGCGAAGUCGUGUCGGCCGAUUCCAUCCAAGUCUACAAAGGUCUUGAUGUAGCCACCAACAAGGCUACCGACGAAGAGACGGAUGGAGUCCCUCACCACAUGAUGGGCACAGUGGAUUGGCGCGACGAGUGUAACGUACACCAGUACAGGAACGAAGCUUUAAAAAUCAUACAAGACAUUUACUCUAGGGGMAAAGUUCCAGUGGUGGUGGGUGGCACGUCGUACUACAUUGAGUCGAUUAUCUACGACAAUCUGGUGCAGGGUUCCGUUGCCGGGGAAUCGGAACCGGAUGCUGCGGACGACGACGACGAGCAUGACGACGACGAGCUGGACGACGAAGGCGAUGGCUUGUCCGCGAACGCUUUCCGCGAGUACGCCGGAUUCCGGAACGUCAACGACGUGCAGACGGCCACCACGGCGGUCGGCGCCGGCCACAUGUAUGUGGACGCGUUGGUUGAGGCGGUGAAGUUCGCGCAGAACAUGACGGCCGUCGGGCGACUGACGGUCCGACGGUACAGGAACACGUUUGUUGGUGCGGAUAACGUGGCGGAACCGUGGCCGCCGACGGUGGUCGAAUGCGAGACGGCCGCGUUGUAUGCGCAUGGCGUUCGCGUGCUGGAUGCCGUGAUGGCCUCGGUCGGACGGACUGAAGGUGUACUGGACAUUCAGUUCGAGGUGACGGCCGCGGACGUGGUGGUUGGCCACCGUGAGCGGUAUCGGUUCGGCGAUAUCCGGUCCAGGCUGGACGAUUUGCUGAAGCUGGUGAAAACGGCGGACAUUUCRAUGCAGGAUGCGGGGACCGUCGAAGUGGACGCGUACGUCAGGAAAACCCUGUGCCGGGUGCAUGCGGAAGUGCAGAUGAGGAUGCAGCGGCUGGCACUGGCUUUGUUGGCCGACCACGAACGGACGGCCGUGGAUCUGCUAUCGCCGGCCACUCUCAAGGCGCACGCCGCAUACUACGAUCCGGUGGCGGCCAGUGCGCUCCAUCCACAUAACACUCGCAAGGUGUUUAGGACUAUACAGAUCUACUUGGUGCGGGGCAAGCAAAAGAGCAARCUGUUUGAGGAGCAGAGAACCCGAGUGAGCGGGUCCGAUGUACCAGUGGUUGCCCUGCGGUUCAAAGAAGUACACAUGAUGUGGUUGACAUGCGACUCGGACGUUUUGAACAGACGGCUCGAAGAACGCACGGAUGAGAUGGUCGAACGGGGAUUGGUCGACGAGCUUUGUCAGUUCAAAACGGAACUUUCCAAAAUGAUUGGUACAGACAACUUCGAUUUGGACUUUACAAAGGGCGUGUUGCAGUGCAUCGGUCUAAAACAGUUUCAGAAUUACUUUGAGUUGCCGGUCGAGAGUCGCGACACCGAGGCUGGUCGCAAGUGUCUGGAGGACGCGCUCGUCGCCAUGAAGUACAUGACCAAAAAGUAUGCCAGACGGCAGAUCCGGUGGAUCAACAACCGCUUCCUCAAGCCCAACGACAAACAGGCCGUCUCGGUGUACCGACUGGACUGUACCGACCUCGGAGAGUGGCAACAGCUGAGCGACCGAGCGGUGGACUUGGCGCAGGUCGUGCUGGGCCGGAAACCUCGCGGUCAACACACGCUGGAGCCGAUCGACGUUAGUGACCAGAAAACCGUUUUGCCCGUGUACGGCGACUAUUAUUGCGACGACUGUUCCAGACUGUUUUCCAAUGACAUCCAAUAUAACAUCCAUAUGGGUUCAAAGAAACAUGUUAAAGUGAUGAUGAAACGUAAACGAAAACUUCAGGAUACAACUUUACACUCUGGCUGUGACAAUGAGAAAAAGUUGUACUCUCCAUAAGAAUACAUAAGCUAACUUAAUUAAAUUGUUACCCAUUAGUAUUGUGAUGACAUUGUAACCCAAUAAUUGAAUUUAUAGACAAUUAAGAUUGUGAAAUGACAAAAUGAACUGAAAUAAAGUCUGACUUUUGGAUUUGAGGUAUUUCUAGAAUAUGUAAACACAGGGUUGUUGUUGAAAUAUUUUUCUUAUAAUGUUAAUGCAUAAGAUCAAGACUGAUUAUAGAUUUUAGUUAAAUAAACAAGUAAUUUUGUAAUGUUUCGUAAUAUUUUAAUAUUGUUAUAAUUGUUAUUAUUAUUUUUAUAAUAGAUAAAAUAUUAUUAAAUUGAGAUAUUGUAAACAUAACUAAUCGUAUUUAUGUUCCUAAAUCUUAUUUAAGAAKGUAUUGAAUCUGGGAAUGUAUAGUAACAUUGUAUGCGCGAAACCAUGAAUAUUGGUGGACGGACUACCCAUGCUUGACAACGGGAGAUUUCAUGGUGGCCUGGCCUGAUAAAUAUUUACGUUCAUGGUUYGACUUGUUGUAUAAAACAAUUUUUGUUUUUUAAAGUCUUCCUGGACUGCCUAAAAAAGUUUCAUGGCCUAAAAUAUGGUCCAAGUACGUCCCUGUGGUCAAGUUAUUCCCUCUUCUAAUGGAAUAGACAUAUAAUACAUUUUAUUGGAUAUCUUACAACAAUGUACACUGAUAUAAACUAGUAUAAAAAUAGCAAAAUCAAUUAACAAAUCUCACUUAUAAAAAUAUUUUCAAAGCAU